ACAGGAUGCAUGAUUCUUUCCGGGAGCCUCGCUGCGGCGUCGCCGGAGUCGGAUAAUUGUCAGGACACGGUGUCGACCCUUAUGCCGUGCUACGCCUUUAUUACAGGCAGCGGCGCGCCACCGGCGCCGCAAUGCUGCGAUCGUUUCAGGACAGUUUUAAGCGAUCGGCCGCGAUGUCUUUGCCAAGUGCUCGAGCAAAAAGGCAUCAACACGACUCGAGCGAUGGAACUCCCCGGCGCUUGCCACGUUGAAACCCCGUCGGUUUCCAAGUGUCACUCUCCUCCAGCCCCUGCAGGACCCCAUGGUGCUACCCCCCCACCCCCAGGGCAUUCCAUUUCUACUAGGAUUUCAUGCUGUUCUUCACUGAUUUUGGCAAUCUUUGCUGUGAUUAUUACUGUGAUCUGAGUUUGUCCUAAUGUUGUUGAGAAGCUUCUGAUGU